AUGCAAACGUUUGGACACAGGGAUUUGGUUCUCUAUUUUCUUCUUACCACGAUAAUCAUCACCUACGAUGGGCAGUUCUUCCAGUUUUUGUUUUUUCUUGUUCAAAACUCGCCAUUUCUUAUUGUCAAAUUCCCCUACAUUUAUCUUACUAGAAGAAUUGUAUGUGCAUUUCCUUUCCAAUCAAACUUCUCCCAGCGAGCCACUAAUAGCGAAUACUUGGUGGUUCAGAUGCUAAGAUAUCUUUACAAGAUCCUCCCAAUGAGCAGCACUGCGCGGAUAUUCUUGGACCAACGUGUUUUUGAGAUUCUUCACAGAAUAAGGAGAAUCAGGGAGUUCAACGACGGUUUGGGUGACAUUUUGUUUAGCAGGUAUCUGAACGUUGGAGAAGGUCAACAGGAUACGGAGGGCUUGUGGAUUUACUCCAAAAGCAGAGCUGACACCAAGCCCCAUGAUAUAUUGGUUCUUUAUGUUCAUGGCGGUGCUGGUUUUGGAAGAGGAACAAGUCAUAUGUAUACUGAAUACUUGUCUAUUUUCACAUUGAAUUUGUUGGAGCAGGGAUUCUCCAACCCAGGAAUCUACGUGCCUACUUUUCCUGACGACAAGUUUGACAAGUAUCCCCAUCAACUUGGCACUGUUUUGAAAGCGUACGAAUAUUUGACUUCUAUUUCCAAUGAAAAUUGCCAUUUGGCUGUUAUGGGUGACUCCAGUGGUGCUACAUUGUGCUUGUCAUUAUUAUUGACGUUGGCCGAACCAUCCCCCAUGCUUGUUCGAACUCUACUAGCAUCUCAGAAGGAGAAACUCAAAAUUGAAACUACUGAACAACUAGCGGAAUAUUACCAGAACUUGAAAAAGCCGGCAGUGGCAUUGCUUGUCUCACCAAUUACAAAUUUGUUUACCGACGAUACUGGGAGCCUCAAAAGUACAACUUCUAAAGAUGACUACUUGAGCGUUCAAGUAGUGAGAGGUUGGGCACAAGAAUACCUCCAGGAUUCUCUUUAUUAUGAAGAAUACAAGGAUAGUGAGCUAGCUUACUUCGAUCCUGGACAAGUGCAAGAUAAGACCUGGUGGAAGAGAGCCAUGCCCAAGUAUGGAAUGCUUAUCAGUUAUGGUAGCGAAGAAUUACUCGCUCCUGAAAUUGAGACUUUUAUCCUGAAACUACUGGACGAAGAGAUUGGAUCCAAAAUCAGAGUUGACAAACAGGAUGCACAGGUUCACAAUUGGGGUUUACUCGCCUUCUACACUGAGAGGUUAAUCGACCACCGUGAAGUCAGUCUCCAGAUUUUCUCUUCUGUCAUUUCAAGAAUGUUGCUCUGGAAUACGGUCAGCUACUUUGACUCUGGUGCAAAGCAUCCUACCAAUAUUGUAACGAUUGAUGAAGACUAUGUUUGA